UGUCGUCCCAUCCUUUUUUGGUUUCUGUCACCUUGCAUCGCUGUUGUUUACAUUAUUUAGACGAUGAGGUUAUAGAAACAAGAAUUGACAUGGCCAAACUUUUUUUGUUUCAAAGCUUUCCUUGGAAUGCUAUACAAAAGAUAAGUCUCUUAAAAACAAUUCACAGACAAUUGGGCUUGCUGUCUCAUUCAAAACUGCAAAAAUUUCAAAACAGUCUACAAAAAAGACCAUGGAGGCACAAUAUAGAUAAUGGAAAGGUUCAAAGGUUUUCCAGUAGUGCCACUAAUGAUAUAUUAGAAAAUGAUAAUAUCCUGAAACAACUUUUUAAUGGAAUAAUUAAUUGUGAAAGAGGAAGCUUGGCAAGGGGAAUAACUCUGAUAGAGUCCUCUCAUCCAAAGAAGAAACAACAAGCUAAGAUAUUAUUGAACAGCAUUCUACAGUACAGUACAGAAAAACAGAAAUCUGGACAACCUAAAAAAUUGUCUUUCAGAAUAGGUUUAUCAGGACCACCAGGAGCUGGUAAAAGUACAUUUAUAGAAACAUUUGGUAAAUUCCUGACCACUAGAGAUAACAAAGUGGCUGUGUUAGCUGUAGAUCCAUCAUCAGCAACUACUGGAGGUUCCUUGCUGGGAGACAAAACUAGAAUGUUUGAACUUUCUAGAGAUUGGAAUGCCUUCAUACGACCUUCACCUUCGAGGGGUACAUUAGGUGGUGUUACCAGGACAACUAAUGAAGCCAUUCUAUUGUGUGAGGCAGCAGGAUAUAAUAUCAUCUUGAUUGAAACAAUUGGUGUUGGUCAGUCUGAGUAUGCUGUAGCUGAUAUGGUAGAUCUGUUUUGUCUGCUGAUGCCCCCAGCUGGGGGAGAUGAACUUCAAGGUAUUAAGAAAGGAAUUGUUGAAGUAGCUGACUUAGUUAUUAUCAAUAAAAGUGAUGGUGAACUGGUACCUGCAGCAAGAAGAAUACAGGCGGAAUAUAUUAGUGCUCUUAAAUAUUCAAGACGGAGAUCAAAAUUCUGGAAACCAGAGGUUACAAGAAUAUCAUCUGUCAACAAAGAGGGUAUACCAGAGUUAUGGGAUUUAAUGGAAAAUUUUCAAACUGUCAUGAUGGAAUCCAAUGAGUUACAAAAAAAACGGCAAUUACAGAAGAAAAUAUGGAUGUGGUCUUUCAUUCAAAAUAAUAUAAUGGACAUGUUUAAAACUCAUCCUGCUGUGCAGAACUUAAUUAAAAAUGUUGAAAAGGAAGUUAUGAAAGGGGAGAUAACUCCUGGGACUGGUGCUGACUUGCUUCUGACAAAAUUUAUUAAAGAAAGUUGAUAAUCAUUUAUUUGUACUAAAAUAUAUACUUUGAGCGUUCCUGAUGAAGUUAAAUCCAGAAAAGCACUCUGAACGCAUGAAAUUUGUAACAUGUUGUUUUCAUUUUUUACAGCACUGGGUCGAUACUUCUGCUGGUGGACUAUCAGUCCCGAGGGUAUCAUCAGCUCAGUAGUCAGUACUUCCGUACUGACAUGAUUGAUAACAAACCCUUCUAAAAUUGUCCAUUAAUAAAUUUUGAAAUUAUAAGAAACUAAUGUUUCAACUAACUAGGCAAAGGUGACCUUAGAUGGAUUUGGCUAUUUUUUUAGGUCCAUUUCGGUCAAAUAUCUUUUCAACUGUUUCGGUUCUGAUACAUCCUUGGCUUUCAAAUAUUUGGCUUUGAGCAUUCCUGAUAAAGGUAAAUCCAGAAAAGCGCUUUGGAUGCAUGAAAUUUAAAACAUGUUGUUUUCAUAUUUAAUACUCGUACUCAGCAUACUGAUGGUUAUGUUGAAUCUAUAUAUAAUGGGUUUUGAAUAUAAAUAAGAAAUGUAAUACUUUAAGUUAGAAAUAAGUCAGUGUUUAAAAUUGUAAGUUCAAUCACUGGUAAAGAAAUGAAUGAGAAACUGUCAGUAUGGUUUGUAGGGAAAAGAAAUUAUAAUUUUUAUAUUUUAAAGUAUUGCCUUUUGUUAAAAAAAAAUUGAAUUCAGAAUUUUUUAUGCUGUGCGUACAAUAGGGGCAUAAUGUUUUUCCGGUCUGUGUCAGUCCAUCUGUCAGCUAGUCUGUCAGUCCUGUAUCAUAUCAAAGUUUUAGUUGAAGGAAGUUUGUAGUCACGUCAUUUUGAAACUUAUAACACAUGUUCAUAGAUGCCAAAUUAGGAUUUUGACCCAUAUUUAGCUGUUCACUGAUGAUGGAGAGGUGAUAGUGCGAGUGGAACUUAGUGUCCUAUAUAUUGACACAUAUUCUUGUUGUUUGUUCAUUUACUGGAAGCUGUGAUUUACAUAACAAUAAACCAAAGGAGAAAUUCUGAAUUUCACACUGGAGAAAUUAACCAUUUUUAUUUUUGUAUUGCCAAUUGACGAUAGUUUGGUUGUUUAUAUGUUUGCCUUUUUUUCUAGUUUGUAAAAAAGACAUAUCAGAAAAGAUACAAUAACUAAAAACAAAUUUCUGUUAAAAUUCUUUUUUUUAUUAGACAAUAUUAUAAAUUGAUAAAUUCAAUUUGUUAACCCUAGUUUAAGUUAUGACCUAUAUCGUCUCAUCUAUUGCUGUUCCUAAUAUCAAGGUUGUGGUGCACAGGUCAAGGUCACCUGAAAGUUUUGGUUGCAAGGGGUGAUCUGUUUUGCAGUGUUCUUGUUUUGAUGUAUGAACUAUUUAACAAAGUUGUUAGAAAGGGAAGUUUAUUAGCAAUUCAUGGAUCAUUGACAGAACAUUCCAGUGUUUUGUUGUCAGAAGUUUCACUUUUUCUGCUCUAAAGUUUUCUUUCAAACUACUUUGAUGUGAAAUUGUAAGCAAUUACUUCUGUCUGAAAACAAUUUUCAUCAAUAUUUAUAAAGUUUUUUAAGCAGAUUUAAUGCCUUUGAUAGAAUAUAUAGCAAAUACUUCAGAGAUGGCUCCUUACAUACUUUCAUGGAAAUCAAACUUAUCAAAGAAGCCAUGCAAAGAUGAAAUAUAAAAAUGUUCUACAAAUUUAUAAACCUUUAAAAUGGUAAAUUGAUAUUUACACUCAAUACUGUAUGUAAGUUUUUCUUUACAAUAUUUAAUGAAAAAUACUCAUUUUGAGAGCAUCUUAAAUCCAACCUUUACUGGAAGAAUUUAAUGUUUACUGAUUAUCAAAUUAUAUUUUAAUAAGAUAAUGAAAAAAAAUUUGGAUACAAAUAUGACUUAUUUGUAUAUUUAAGUAUUAUUUAUUUGUAAAUCAAUUCAAUACAGAUAUAAUGACAUAAACUAACUAGCCAAAAUCAUAUAAAUUAACUUUGCCUGAAGGAGUUGAAACCUUAGUUUCUACAAUCUUGUAAUUAUAAUAAAACUAUUGAACAUUACUCAGUUUAAGUUUUAUGAUUUUUUAUUUUUCAAGAAAGUUUAUGGAUUUAUAGAAGAAUAGAAGAAAUUCCAUAGAAUAAAUGGUCAUAGUGUUCAAUAUUUCAUCAAAAUGAUUAAUUUGAAAUUCAAAAAUAUGGAUACAUAAGUGCAUGCUUAGUUUUAUCUUGAUCAGUAUAUAAUUUUUAAAAAAAAGAUUUUAUACAAGUUACUUCAAUAAAAGUUAUUAUUUUUAGUUAUUACAAAUGUUUGAAAUCUGAAGUAUAAGUGAUUACCAUGCAUUGUAAACUGCUCAAAUUUUAUAUUAUUUUGAAUACUAUGAAGUGAACAAACAACCAAUGUCAUUUAAAAUUACCAAUCUAAGUGACAAAUAACAAAUUCUUUUCGUUACACAAGCUACACUUUAGAUAAUGACUGUUUCAGUCUGUCGUUGGGCUAUUCCAGAAAAGAAUGUAUGGGAAGAUCAGACACAAUAUGAUAUUUUUCUCUGUGGGUAAGAGGGGUGGAAGCAAAAACAGUUCUGUUACAAAUGAUAAUAUAAAAAUUAUAGGUGGUGGGUUAUAAAACAAGUGUUGUCCUAAAAAGGCUUGUUAAUGACCUGUGAAGGAUGACUGAUGAUUAUCUAAGUUUUGGCUUGUACAUUUAAUGUGUUCUUUCUUUGUAAAAUAAUAGCAUGUGCAAAUGUUCAUGCUAUAAACCGGAAUCUAUACAGCCUUUUAAGAGGAAUCAGUACAUUUACACUAUGUUUUGUUUUUAUUUUGUGAUUUUGAGAUAUUUUGUUAAAUGAUUAAGAUUUUUUUAUAAAUCUCUAAAUAGAACACAUGUAAACAUGUAAGUUUUUGAGAAAACUAAUGCUUAAAUAUUUUGAUUAAGAUAACUUGGUAAAAAGUUAAUUAAAAGCUUAGAUAUUUAAAAAACUUUGAGUGUUUGCCUUAUAUCUUAAAAAUAUGACCGAUAGAUAUAUAUAUUACAAAAGAAAAAAAAUUAUCAGCAAGACAGAAUCUAUCAAUACCUCUAAUGGCCGAAAUUGUCAGUCAUCUCCUUAUCAAAGUUAUUGCUCUUAUAUGACAAUUUUUACCAAUUCCUUGCGUAUUUGCAUAUUAUCUUAAAAACUAUAAAAGAUAGGUAGACACUUUUAAGUAGAAAAAAAUUCAGCAAGACAAGAUCUACAAAUUAGUCAGUUAGUGGACCUUUUAUAUGAGUUUUUGCCUUUGCAUGACAGAUUUUUUUACCUUUUUUUUGUGUUUUGGGCAAAAAACUUAAAAAAUAGAGGGGAACUGUAAAUAAACAAAAAAUGAACAGCAAUACAAGAUCAACAGAAUUUUUCUUUUUCGUUAUGCAUUAUCAUUCUAGUCUACAAUUUUAGAGAGUGUCUAUCAUUGAAGAUGCACAUAGACAUAGGCGAGUGCCACACACUCUUUAGAGCCUCUAGUUUUCUUUCUUCUUAAUCUUAUUUUUCCACAGUUUAAUUAUUAAUUUUUUAAAUAUUUUACAAUUGACUUUCAAACGAAUUCAGUAAGUAAUGAAUGAAUAAGCUGAAGCAAUAUGUCAGAUAUUUUUGGCCCUUUAUGAAGAGGAAACAAUGUUUUUGCAAUACUUUGUUAAUUUUUACAAGAUAAACAACUACUUAUAAUGCAAAAAUGUUUACAGAGGUAGAGGAAGGGAUAUUGAGAUAUUUUUUCUCCAAUGCUGGAGAUUUGGCAUCCCUGUAGGGAGACUUGUCUUAAAACAGAUAUUUCCCAUUUUUUUUAAUAUUUGGAGGCUCUAGAGAGACGACAUGUGUCGUAUAAGGAGGAGGAGCAGGAUAUGCUAAUCCUUCUGGAGAAGUCUGGAGGUUUUUGGUGGGAUUCGUGUUGCCCAGUUUUCAGUUUUUAUGUAAGUUUGUCUUUUCUUCUAGUUUCGUUUUUGACAAGAUUGUGUCGGUCAUUCUUCGACUUAUGUGUUUUGAUCUCCCAUUUGGUAUCUUCUUUUCUUUCUUUUUUUUCUCAUUAAAUGUUGUAGUUGUCGUCAUACUUAUUAAUUAAAUAAAGCGUUGUUCCUCAAAAGGAGACGUUUAUCACACACCUGUCUCCUGCUGACAAUGUAGAGGCUGAAAUAAAAAAAAAAUCAUUAUUCUUUCCACCUGUGGAAACCUGUUAAUUAUAUGAAUAUUUUUAAUUUGCUUUUAUCAUAUUGUUUAUAAGAAUUUGUUUAAAAUGAAAAAAAAAAUCAAAUGCAA